UCUUUUCUGUGUAUCUUGUGUACGUGACGAUUUGGUUGAUAAUCACCAGACAGAAAACAUCAUAAUGAUAACAUCAUCGAGUGUAACAAGGCGUUUGCACGAACUGCACGGGUUAAAUUGAAGAUAGUUCCAAAUUAAUAUCGCGAUAAUUCACAAGGGCAUUAUGAUUAUGCUCAUUCUAUACUGGCUGAUUGACCCAUUACAUCGUGGAGGGAUACGCUCGUGUACGGGUGCCGUCGGUACACGAGAAAUCUCGGGGUAUAUUCCUGGAAGUGACACCCUCAUCACACACCUUCUUCCGUGUCACAACAAACUAAGCUAGUUUAAACACUCAUGUUUGGCUAUAAAAUGAGAGAGAACCGAGUUGAUUUGUGUUCAACGACUCAUCAAAAUCAUCACAGGUCUACGCGAUUUUGCAGGUGAAUGCAUUGAGGUCAACGCGGAAGUUCUCACACAGUACACACUGCUGCUCUUCGCCCGUCAACGGCCGCCCCUAUUGCUGCACACACACGGGGCACGGGAAUCAGCUGUAACAGGACAACACAGUGACUUCAUAUAUUUAUUUCUCUUCAAUCAUAGACCUUCAAUACAUCAGAACAAAACUCCUGGACGAGUUAUAGUUGGAACAAGCUUUGAGUGUUAGAUAUUAGCCGCUUGGAAGAAAUAGUGACAGCAGUGUGUUUGGACAACAAACCAGGAACCUCAACAUCAGAAUGGGAAGAUACCAUGAUUCUGCGACCUGCUGAUUUUACUCCCGUACGAGAUAAGGAAGUGGACUACAAAAACAUCUAAACCCGGACUAAAGAGGAUUUUGGUUUAUUCAUCUACUCACUUUGAAAGGGGGAACAUACAACUUUCACCAUGGGUGCCAAAUCAACCAAAAUGGGCCACGUCAUGGGCAAACUGUCUGACUUUUUACAUGUGGACUGUCGGUUUUCUAUCAGUGGGGAUAGAGAGUCGCGUAUACUGAUCCUGGGUUUGGACGCUGCCGGUAAAACCACCAUUUUAUACCGGGUGAAACUCGGCGAGGCAGUCACGACAAUACCCACAAUCGGCUUCAACGUAGAAACAGUCACUCCUGUACCCAAUGUCACCCUAUGCGUGUGGGACGUGGGCGGUCAGCAGAAAGUCAGAGCACUAUGGCAACACUAUUUCUGCGAAACUCACGGCCUUAUAUUCGUGGUGGACAGUGCCGAUAGAGGGCGCUUGUGGGAGGCGAGAGAUGAGCUGUUUCGAGUGGUGUCGAAUCCUAACAUGACUAAAGGAAUUCCAGUUCUUGUCUUAGCGAAUAAGCAAGAUUUACCAGGAGCAUACAAUGCAGCACGCAUCUCAGAAGUGAUGGACCUUCAGAGUCUCUCGGACAAUCAUCCGUGGAUGGUAAUAGAAACCCAGGCCAGCACGGGAGAGGGUCUCCAAGAAGCCUUUAAAACCAUGGCUAGAAUGGUCAAACAAUUCCAUAAAGACUCCAGUAAAGCAGAGCUUGGAAACUCCAAAUCGGGAGAUGCAACAGAGGUCUAGCUUCACUGCUUUGGAAACUAUUAUUUUGACGCUGAAAAACACUGAUUAUACGUCGACCAAAGGCGAAAAGUGCUCUUGUUUGCUGGUGCUAUGCGGAGUUCUGAAAGAGCAGCUCCACAGUCGUGUUUGUGUGGACGAAUCAGCGUGAAGAUUGGCAAUGCAGCAGCCAAUCAAAUACCCAGUUAUUGAACACGUGUUCACUGGUACAUCGCGGUACAUCAUGCUGUUAGCCUGAGAUAGUCUUGGCUCAAGACUCUUCUGGCGGUACUUGAUGGAUGAAUAUGGAUAGAAACAAAGGAUGGUCACUGAUGGAUUUAUUGACUGGUGAACACUGAGUGGGUUAUAUUCAAACGCCUAUUAUCCGCAGCAAUAAAUGUGACGUCAGAUUUUGUUCGUAACCAAUGGCUGCAUGUGUAACCAUAAAACGACUUCAAGUAAAACAUGUAAAUAAAAAUGGACGCUGAAAAGGAACGUUUUGUUUCUUUAGUGAUUGAUGUUUCAAAACAAAAAUGCAAACCUGGACUGAAAAUUUGCCUUCCCCAAUAUUUUCGAGGGAUUGUUUGCAUUUGGUUUAUACAAUAUGUAAGAUAUCAUACCCUGUAAGUAUCUACAGGAUUAACUGUUAGACAAAAUAUUCUGUUUUGUUAUUUAUAGAAAAAUGGUUUAAAAGUUUGUUGUUAAAAAAAUGUGCUCAGAUGUUUUAUGAAAAUUAGUGAUAUGAUGUGUUUUAUUGGAUUCAUUUAUCUCAUGCAGUAUGUGGAGAUACUAAUUUUAGAUGUUUUUUUAUUUUUUAUUCUCCAUGUUUUGAAGCUUUCACUUUCGUUAAUAACGUCUAAUACAAUUGUGCAGGGUUUUGUUUGUAUAAAUGUAAUUCGUUUUGAUAAGUAAACUAUGAUGUACUCCUCUGUAUCUCUGCCUUGUGUUAUAUGAUAGCUUCUAUCUUGUUGGGCUGGGCAAAUUCAUCGAGGGAAAUAAAUGGUGUUACUUUGGGAAAUCAGAGUGAUUAUUUUACCGUUAUCUUGUGAGGGGCGGAAAGGCCAAUACUUUUGCGACAUCCAAGGCAAAUUAAUGGCCAGUGUGGCCUUCAUGAAAAAUACAGGCCUUAUACGAGUGUCGCCGGAAUCGGAGAUACAACUACGUUCCAUCUGUACUCCCUAACUUAGUGAUGUGCUUUCUCUGCGAAAUACCUAUGUACUUUCUCUCUUGACAUGUAGAGAUUUUACUAAAGAUCUGCAUGUUUUUGCUCCUGAUCAUUUUUUGUAUAAAAUGAUCACGGUAAUUAUAUACUAAAAGCAAAGUAUAAAGUUUCAGAAGAUAAAACCCCAAACCAUGUUGUAAUGAAACUGAAAGUUUUACAGAAACUUUGUCUAAUAGACCACAAUCAUCUGUACAAUAUUAAGACAUGUUUUUAUUAGUGUGUUCAUCUAAGUCUUAUACUAUCGUCUUCUUUAAAAUAUAUUUACUUUUCAAACUGUAAAACUGAACCAAUUCAACAGCUCCUUCUGUGGUUAAGAAAAUCGGGAUACGAGACACGGAACGGGUGAAACAAGCUAAUUACUUUAAAAGUAUAGCUCUGUGAAAUUGUGUAGGUCUAUUGUCUUUUAUGCUGCCCGAGUGGCCCAACGAAUUAUGCAAAUUAAAAUAAGUGUAAAGCAUUAAAAAAUAAAACACCAAAAACAUCAUAGCAUAAUCUGCAAAGUCAACGGCUAUGCACAUUCAUUACAUGAAGGUCGACUUGUCUUCCAUAUCUUCAUUUUAAUGUUGGGCAAUGAAUUAACAAGAGAGGCUGAAUGCUUUAACUGAUGUUAAAAUCAUGGUGCUAUGAUAGUGUUCCAUUUGCCCUUUAAUUCGCCCUGUGUUUUCUUAUCAAAUUAAUGUAAUCAUGAUUGCUGUCAAUGCAAUUCACUACAUCACCUUUGAGUUCAUUAAGGCAGCAUCUCAAGUGGUGCUACGACACAGCGUCCUGCAGUGAUUGCCUGUCGACAGGCACUGAGUAUCCGUUUACAAUCACACAGUGUCAGCUGCACCAAUUCUCAAUGUAAUUAUCAGAUAAUGAAAACUCAAUUGGGAUUCUAGGGCAACAUUAUAUCAUCUGUUAUAAAUUAAGUAAUGAUACAAGAAACCUCGUCUCUAUUAUUGCCCACUUAUAGGCAACCAUUUUGGAUUAGUAUACGCUUUCAGCGAUUCAAAAUGGACGGCUGUUCGUGGUGCUGAUGGUGAGGUUUGGAAACGGCUUUGUACACACGUUCAGGAUAGGCCGGAACCAGCCUAUUCUGAUCAUGACAGACCGAGCUAUUAAAAAUGUGAAACUAAAUUUUGGAGUGGGUUUCAAGUUAUGUGAUUAGGGAUAACCGCUUGUUUGCUUCGCCAAUCAGGCAUGUCUAUACAUAUAGCCUACGUGAAAUAUAAUUAAGUCGGUUACUUCAAUAUUUUGCUCAGCAAAAAACCGAGACUGAGGGUCAAUGACGAGCAUAGCUGGUCACGUGGUGAUUUGUCAGCUGGUGAUGUUUUUCACGUAAAGCCAAGCAACUUUAUUUGAUGAAUAGCUUGAUGAAUUUAAUUGUCAAAUAAAUCAAAAGCCAGGUUUUCUGUGGACACGAUCUAUAGGCAUAACUGCCCUUGAUUAAUCAUGCAAUUUGGAUGGCCUCUAUUAUUUAUAGUGUAUGCAAUAAAAUACCCACUGUGUGUAAAGCAUUAUGCUGAAUCAAAUGCAAAUCUGCUAUGAACGUUUUCUAAAUCUAAAAGAAUAUUUUGUUAUUUUGUCUUGUAUUAUAGAGAUGGUCAAAGAUCACAGCUUCGAAUUAUUUACACAUAAUUAUUAUCAUUUCCCUUUCUUUCAAUGGUUGCCAUUUGCCAAGAUUGUAAAAUGUACCAAAAACAUUUUUUUAUGCGACCAUACAAUGAAUUGUUCCCUGUUCCAGAUUGGUCUUGCAUUAUUUUGUGAUGACUCUAUGAUUAAUAAAGACAAUCAAAGAUGCUGUUAUCAUCAUGACUGAAA